GGUCGGCCGACGUUCAUUUCGUAUUCCAGCGCUGCAUUUUUGGUCCAAGCGGAGACGCGCAGUCACGUCUCCGCCCCGAACCGUCCCCCCCCGACCCGUCCCCGCGCGCCGGCCUCCUCGCGGCCGAUUCCAUCAGCUAAAAAACAUGUUUGUUUGUUCUCUCCUGCGGAGGAGCGCAGGGGACCCCGGCGAGGAAAGGAAGCGGGGAAGUGAAUGACCACCAGCGGAAUACGUCGUCCCGUCGGCGGGCGUUCAGCACGGCGGGGCGCCGCGUCCUCACGGCUUUCAAAUGUAGAGGCUGGAGGUGCAACCAAGUGCGCACCGUUGUUGAUUUAGAGUCGGGCGCUGCUCGUCGGCAGCGCGGAUGGAAAGCGCGCAGGCUGAGAACGGCGCGACCAAGUUAAUGAAGAAGCCCGGCGGCGGCGGCGGCGGCGGACGCUCGGCGCCCUCCCGCGCAGAGGCGAAGAGCGGCAACGGGCGCCUCUCGGUGCGCCACUUCCAGUGCGUCAAACCGCGCCGCGGCGUCCGACGGGCCGGGGCUCGUCCAGCGACUCUAGCUCCCUCCUGUAGAGGCGGGAGGCGCUCGAAGAGGAACCUCUCCGCCGCCGCCGCCGCGGUCACCGCGGUCACCGCCGCCCGCGGCGCCCGGAUCCCCGCGGCCGCGUCCGCCGGGCCGUCGCACACGCGCAGCCUGGACAGGAAGACGCUGCUGAAGCACCGGCAGAACAUGCAGCUGCAGCCCGCGGACCGAGAGUGGGUGCGAGCGGAUCUCCACCGGGGCUCCGUGCACGUCCACGAGCGGCGGACGCCCUCGUAUCCCAGGCCGGUUCUCUGCACCAUGGACACCACGGCCGGCGAGUUGGCGCUGCGGCUGAGCAAACUCGGCGGCAAGUCGAGCGCCGUCGUGCGCAGCUUUUGCAAGGAAAACCCCAAGACGGACCAAAAUGGCAACUGCAACGUGAAGUACGGUUACGAUGACAGCCCGGACGAGGUGAAGGGAGACGCGGGCACGCGAUGCAGCCACCUGACCCCCCUGGACCCCUCCGAGUUGCGGGGUCAUCCGAGGGACCGGAUCCUGCUGCUCCUGCAGGACGCGGACGGGAGGCAAAAGCAACAGGACGUCGACGGGCAACUUUUCACCCCGGAGUCGGAGUCGGAGUCGCGGGACGACAUCGCCCGCUCGCUGUCCGAUCUGAACUCCAACUCGAACGUGGACACCGCCAACGACGACGACUCGGAGCAGCGGAACUGCUCCGACAGCUGCGGGUUGAACUCCGGCUCGGACGUGGAGAGCAGCGCCUUCGACGACCUGAGCUCCGGGGCCCGACUCAGCGAGCACCGGGACUCCCUCAGCGACGACAUGGUGCUGGGCACGGAGGCGUCCAUCCUCAGCCCCUCGUUCGACGGCGCCGCGGGGGGCCACGACACGUACGGCAGCUCCUCGGACGAGCUGGACCUCGACUGUCCCGCCGCGCAGCGUCACGCCAACGGGACCGGGACCGCUGCCGGUGCCGGCGGCGCCGACCACUACGCGCCGCGUCACAUCGGGCGACGCGCGGGCGACGGGACGGCCGACGUGAGCGCGGAGGGCCGGCCGGGCCCCCGCCGCGGCUCCACAGGUGACGCACCUGAGGAGGGCCCCGGGCCGGACGGUGGCGCGCGCGCUGAGAAGUGCGCGCUGGCCGCGGGCCGCGUGGGUUCCGGCCCCACGCUGUACGUGCAGCUCCACGGCGAGGCGGUCCGGAGGCUGAGUCCGGACGAGAGGCCUCUGCAGAUCCAGAACGACUUUCUCUUCAAGCUCGGAUUCAAGGACCCGUGGAGGGUCCAAGAGGAGGGCCUCAACACGGAAAUCGGCUCCUUGUUGCGCUUCUACGCAGGGAAGCCCCAAAGCAUCGAGAGCUCCGAGCGGGUCCAGCUGUCCGGGACGUACAACGUCCGCAAGGGGAAGCUCCAGCUGCCGGUCAACCGCUGGACCAGGCGGCAGGUCAUUCUGUGCGGCACCUGCCUCAUCGUCUCCUCGGUCAAGGAGAGCCAGACGGGGAAGAUGCACAUCCUGCCGCUCAUUGGAGGAAAAGUGGAGGAAGUAAAGAAGCACAACCACUGCUUGGCUUUCAGCUCGGCGGGGCCUCAGAGUCAGACGUACUACGUCAGCUUCGACAGCUUCACCGAGCACCUGCGCUGGCACAGGCAGGCCGCCAAGAUGGUGUCCCAGAGGAUCAACUCGGUGGAUCUGUCCUGCUGCAGUCUGGAGCAGCUUCCGCCCAACCUCUUCUACAGCCACGACCUCACCCACCUCAACCUCAAGCAAAACUUCCUGCCUGCAGACCAGCGGCUGCAGCAGCUGCAGAGAUUUUCCCGCCUGCGAAGCCUCAACCUGUCCAACAACCACCUCGGCCAGUUCCCCCAUGCCAUCUGUGACAUCCCCACUCUGACGGAGGUCAACCUCAGCUGUAAUUACUUGACCUGUGUCCCGGGCUCAGUGGGAGCCAUGGCCAAUCUGCAGACGUUCCUGUUGGACGGAAACGGUCUGGCUGAGCUGCCCGUGGAGCUGGGCUCCCUCCAGAGGUUGACUUACCUGGGCCUCUCCUUCAACCAGUUCCACCACGUGCCACAGGUGCUGGAGCAGUUAGCCGCCAUGGAGAAGCUGUGCAUGGCCGGAAACCGCCUCGACACGCUCACCCUGCAGAAUUUCCGACUGCUCCGUGUCAAACACAUCGAUCUGAGGUUGAAUAAGAUCUCCAGCGUGGUGGCGGACGAGCCGGACCUGCUGAGGCACGUAACGCAGCUGGACGUGAGGGACAACAGGCUGACGCACCUGGACGCCUCCGUCUUCCCCAGACUGGAGGUGCUUCACUGCGAGAGGAACCGCAUCGCCUCCCUCCGGGCCAAGGGGAGCCUGCUCAAAGGCGUCUACGCCGCCAACAACGAGCUCCGGCAGCUGGAUAUAAGUCCUGUGCCCUCUAAUCUCACUUACAUGGACAUCUCGAGGAACCGUAUGGAGUCCUUGCCAGACUGGCUGUGCGAGGCCAAGAAACUGGAAGUUCUGGACAUGAGCCACAACCUCAUCACUGAGCUGCCGGCGCGGUUGUUUUGCAGCAACAGUCUGAGGAAGCUGAGUGCAGGACACAACCAGUUGCAGAAGCUUCCUGAAAGAGUGGAGCGCCCUCUGCUGGAGAUAUUGGACGUACAGCACAAUCAACUGGUGGAGCUGUCCAGCAACCUGUUCCUCAAAUCUGACAGUUUACGGUCCCUGAAUGCGUCAGCCAAUAAGCUGGAGCACCUGCCGCCAUCCAGCCUAUCGGAGGAGAGCAACAGCAUCCUGCAGGAACUCUAUUUGACCAACAACCGGCUGACUGAUAAGUGCGUUCCGCUGCUAACGGGCCACACGCACCUUCGUGUUCUGCACAUGGCCUACAACCAUCUGCAGACCUUCCCGGCCAGUAAAAUGGCCAAGCUGGAGGAGCUGGAGGAGGUGGACCUGAGUGGAAACCUGCUGAAGACGGUGCCCACCACCAUCAUGAAUUGCCGGCGGAUGCACACGCUCAUCGCCCACUCCAACGCCAUCGAGGUCUUCCCCGAGGUCAUGCAGCUGAUGGAGAUGAAAUGUGUGGAUCUGAGCUGUAACGAGCUGAGUGACAUCACGCUACCGGAGAAUCUGCCGCCCAAGCUCCAGGAGCUGGACCUGACUGGAAACCCCCGUCUCAACCUGGACCACAAGACCCUGGAGCAGCUCAAUAAUAUCCGUUGCUUCCGUAUUGAUCCGCCUCCGACCUUUUCCUCCAACGAGGCAUCUGGUGGGCCCGCUGUGUGGAGUCACGGGUACACGGAGGCCUCGGGCGUCAAGAAUAAACUGUGUGUUGCAGCUCUUUCGGUCAGCAGUUUCUGCGGGAGCCGCGAGGCUCUGUACGGCGUGUUCGACGGGGACCGGAACGUGGAGGUGCCCUACUUGUUGCAGUGCACAAUGAAUGACGUGUUGGCGGAGGAGAUCCACAAGACCAAGAGCGAGGAAGACUACAUGAUCCAUACUUUCCUCGUCAUGCAAAGAAAACUGGGAACUGCCGGGCAGAAACUGGGUGGCUCGGCUGCUCUGUGCCACAUUCGCCACGACCCCACCGACCCCAGUGGCUGCUUCACCCUCACAGCUGCUAAUGUGGGAAAGUGCAAGGCCGUCCUGUGUCGCGACGGAAAGCCUCUGUCACUGUCGCUGCUUCACAACGUGGGCCUCGAGGAGGAGUACCGCAGGGUCAGGCAGCACAGGGCUAUCGUCACCGAGGACAACAAGGUGAACGGCGUCACCGAUUCGACGCGAAUCAUGGGCUACUCCUUCCUCUACCCGUCCGUCAUCCCUUGUCCCUACGUGCAGACGGUCACUCUCACCCCGCAGGACGAGUUCUUCAUUCUGGGCAGCCGGGGCCUGUGGGACGCCGUGUCCCCCGCCGAGGCCGUGGAGGCGGUGCGAAACGUCCCCGACGGCCUGGCCGCCGCCAAGAAGCUGUGCACGCUGGCGCAGGGCUACGGCUGCACCGACAGCCUGUGCGCCGUCGUGGUGCAGCUCAGCGUCAGUGAAGACUGCUGCUCCUGCUGCUGCUCCGAGCCUCCCCAGCCACCUCCCAGCCCCGGCUUGGGGCCCUACCCCCCGUCGUCGUCCUCCGCCGCCGCCGCCGCCGCCAAGGAGCGGCCCUCGGACGGCUCCCUCCCCGUGCCGCCUUCCUCCUGCAGCGAGAUCAGCAGCGAGAUCAGCACCAGCGAGAUGAGCAGCGAGGUGGGCUCCACGGCCUCGUCCGACGAGCCGCCGCAGAGCUCCUUGGUGCUGCUGCACGAGCAGCCGCAGCAUCCCCACCUCCACCUCCACCUGCAGCAGCAGCACCACCCGCUGUCUCUGCAGCACCAGCAGGCGCACGCGAGCGCCCAGGCCUGCCAGUACCUGUUGCCGGGGUCAGAGCUGCCCACUUCCCGCAGCUGCUGUGCCCUCCAUCCGGCCUGCUUGGCGGGCUCCUUCCAGAGGCAGCUGUCCAGUGCCACUUUCUCCAGCGCCCUGUCCGACAACGGGCUGGACAGCGAGGACGAGGAGCCCAUCGCCGGCGUUUUCUCCAAUGGGAGCCGCGUGGAAGUAGAGGCAGACAUCCACUGCCUCAAAGCAGAGUCCGCCGCCGCCUCCUCCCCCCCCUGCUCCCCAUCACCACAAACGUCACAACCCUCGUCUUCCAGCCAGGAGCGAACCACGCCGACUCUGCCCCCGCCUCCGCCCCCGCCAUGCACCCCGGAGCCCCUAGAGGAGGGGAUCGACACGAGUCCCGGAGAGGGUGAGAACGGGCUGGAGAGGGACGAGUCUUGGCAAGGAGUCGGAGCGGGAGGGGGGGACGGGGCAAAGUCUGCAGCCAAGAGGAGGGUUAACGGCUCGGUGGCACGUCAGGAAAAGAGUCACAACCUGAUCGAGGUGGCGGCUGCCGCCCCCUCCAAGAAGUCCGGGGGCUACUUCACAGCUCCAGCACAGCCCGACCCGGACGACCAGUUCAUCAUCCCGCCUGAGCUGGAGGAGGAAGUGAAGGAAAUAAUGAAGCAGCAUCAGCAGAAGCAGCAGAAGCCGCCGGCGACCGACCAGCCCACGGACUACUACGACACCCCUCUGUGAACCGCCCACGGCCUCGCCUCCACCCGCGCUGCAGCAUGCACUGACUGCACCGUCGCCCCAUCGACUGUUCCCAUACGGACACAGACGAGUUUUCCACAAUGCACAUGGAAAGAGUUCAUACUUUUUCUACACAGCCUUCCUCGCUCCACACAGCCUCAUCCACGCAGAUUCUACCCGAAGAAAGCAACCAAAUGAGCCCUUUAAUGACCCGCAGCGGCCUCCUGGUGUCCACGGUUGUGCCCCUCACACAGACUGUGUUUCCACGUUAGACACCCAGCUGAGUGCGUAAUCAUACUGGUCUCCCUGCAAUAGCAUUAGCUCGCCACACCUGUUAAUAUGGAUAACAAUUCCACAGUUUGUUUCUUUGUUUUGUAAGAACUUCUCAUAUCUUUUAAUGUGAAAGCAGUGAGGUUGCUGGAAGAACCUUUUUAAAACGGAGACUCGUAAUCGUUUUAUUAUGGGUGACGAUGUCGACGGUGCAGCAGUGAAACCACACUUAACUGUUUUAGAUAGGGCACUUAAACUACUGUAUUUCUUCAGUAAAUCAUGGCUCUUGGCCUGAAAAUGGCAUAGAAAUUUUUUGUAGAAAUUUGCAUACUAACUCCUAGGAGUUGCAUACUCUUUAUGGUGACUCAGUCACUUUUACUAAUCUUCUCUGAGAGAAAAGGUGAUUUUUUUCCCAAUGAUUGUAAAUAAGAGAAAUAUUGUAUACUGAUGCUUUUAAAGGAACUACGUACCUGUGUGUCGGUGAAGGUUUUAGUGGUGGGGAGGACGUGAGGUGAGUUGUUAUGGAGGUGUCACCCCCCACCCCCUUUAUCUUACAAUGUUGACCUACAAAUACUACACACGCACACACACACACACACACACACACUGUAUUUGUGCAAUUACAGGUCAGAAACCCCGACAUUCCAUGCAACAUACCUACACGGUACCACGGUCUGCUCCACUUUGAUUGUGACGCCCUGAACACUAAUAGACAAAAUGUUUUGCAUGCGCACUUGCAUGCACGCACACACACACACACACACGCACACACACACGGACACUCACGCAUAAUAUUAGUUCCACCUCCCUCCUACGGUAACUGUUAUCACCGGCAUGACUGUGUCAAGUUCAGUAAUACAAACAAAUAUAUCCACGUGGAAACGAGACAACACAGAUGUUCCUGUCUUUGUUAUAAUAAAUUUUAAAUUUGUGAAUAUAA